AAGUGAAGGCGAUAGAGCCCGAAGAGUAGAUGAUUUAAAGUUUGUCUCAUUGAGUCUCGUGCCCGCUUAAGUGGGCCGGAAGUGGCACUUUUGACCAGAUCCACCCAUCGAAUCCUCGACUGAAACAUUCAGCAACGGUAGUCCCGGCAAAGGAGAUGGCACCUUGAAGGCAAAUGCAACCAGGACAGCCUGUUUCCUCUUCCAGUUUCUGGGUCUCCUUCUGCUGCCCGUCUGGGAGAAUAGAGGCUGGCUGCUGCAUCUUGGUUGGCUGCUCACAAGCUUUUACUCAUCCGCCUGGAGGAAUUUCUUCACAUGGCUUCCGAAGAAGUGACGAUUACAGUUCGCCUCGUUCGUUCAUUUGAGCACAGAAAUUUCAAGCCUAUAGUGUAUCAUAAAGUUAAUUUGGACCAAACUGUUAGGGAAUUUAUAGUAUUUCUAAAGCAAGAUAUACCUUUAAGAACCAACCUGCCACCACCAUUCAGAAAUUACAAAUAUGAUAAAUUGAAAAUUAUCCAUCAAGCACAUAAAUCAAAGACAAAUGAACUGGUGUUGGGUUUGGAAGAUGACGACAGACUCCUGUUACAAGAAGACAGUACGAUGAGAGCAGCCGGGAUAGAUAAUGAAACUGAAAUUGCGUUCUUCUGUGAAGAAGAUUACAAAAACUACAAAGCUAAUCCCGUUACAUCCUGGUAAUGACCUCCUUGGCUUCCGUUUUGCAUACCCGUGAGAAAAGAAGAGUGAAGAAAAUCAGAGACUCAAGGACACCAUUUGUUUACGGGACUCCUGGAAUGUGUAGACUACAGUUUCCUGACUCCAGAAGAGCCAGGUGGCACCUGGCUCCCCUACCUGCCACUUUGAUCGGGACCACAGAGUGUCCUGGAGAAAAUGGAGAAGAAAAUUGAAAAUCAUAACAGACCAGACUUAUGAUAUGAUCAGGACUGGGGUUACCUCUGAGAUGACAGCGUUACACUUGCCUCAGCCUGGAACUGACCCUGCCCUUGGGAAUCACCGUGAUGCCAAAUAACAUGCAGGUGUGUGAAGUGAACACUAACCCUCAGGAGGAACAGACUCUUGAACAAUUAGCCAGAUGAGACCAAAAGGCCUUCUUUUACCCCAACACAAAGCCAGAGGCUGGAAAGGAGGACCAAUAGAAUGGAGGAGGCAGAGGGAAGUGCUUUCAUAUAGAGGGGAGUACAGCCAAUACCUCUAACAUACGUGUCUGCAUUGUGGAAUGGAAAAUUUGCUCGAUAUGAUUGAACGUGAGCCACGAUGAACAAAGAAAAUUGUUCAUUGAGAACAAGUCUAUGGGCUGAAAGACACGUUCUUUCAAAAUAAAACACUACCUUUGGUUCUUGGUAAUGGCUGGUUAUCUGCACAAGUAACAGAGAAAGCAGUAGUCUCAAAGGGGUUUCUCAGCCAGCAUGAUGUAGUGAGAACUCUUAGAAACGUUAGGGGACUCUAGAAUUACUCCAUGAGCCCUCACCACAGUCAGCAGGGCUGAAUGGAUUCAUCAUGGUAGUGUUUCACUGAAGAAAAUCUAUUUUAAAAAGACAACCAGGAAAGCCUGAUUAAAAUGAGAAGAUGCUUUGUUGAAAGGUUUAAUAGAAUAUACUUUAAGGCAAAUUCCAUUUUAUUUAUCAAGGUGCUGACUGUACAGAUGUCCUAAUUAUAUGUAUAUAAUUAGGAUAAAUAUAUAUGUGAUAUUUAAUGUGACAAAUAAUAAACACAUUUUUCCCUCACUGAGUAGGGAAAGAUACAUAA